AUGGGCAGACGAAAACUCACAGACGAAGAAGCAAAAGUUGCGAGCGCUCAAAAGCGUAUUCGUGAUGCAGAGAAUGCAUGCCUUAGGCGCCAAGCUGAACGUCAACGAAUUAUUGACAAUAAUCGAGCAUCAAGGCAAAACGUUAAACAUUAUUUAGGACCUAUGGAUGUUCUAUGUCAGCAUUGUAAAGCUAAACAUUUUAAUGACGAGAAAGUUUCAAACAAAGGUUUAUCUUUCAAUGAUUGCUGUGGUCAUGGAACAAUAAAAUUAGAUCCAUUACCAAAUUUUCCUCCUGAACUCAAAAAUUUAUUUGAUGGAGAGCAUAAUAAAUCAUCAAGAUUUUUUGAUCGCAUACGCCAUUAUAAUAAUUCUUUAUCUUUCGCAUCAUUCAAUGCCAAUUUAUUCAAUUUUCGGUCACAAAGAUCAGCUCCCUACUGUUUCAAAAUUCAAGGUCAAAUAUAUUAUCAAAUAAAUACAGCUUUGUACCCUAGCGAAGGCGAAAAUCCUGCAUUCGGUCAGCUUUUUAUAAUUGAUCAAAAUGAAGCAAUGCAGUAUCGCAUACAGCAAAAUUCUGUUCUAGAUUAUAACUUGAUGGCAAUACUGGAUGGUAUAAUCCGUAAUAAUAACAUUUAUGCAAAAUCAGAUGAAAUGAUGAUAGAUGAAAUUCGUAUGCAGCAAUUGAUUGCAGAAACUAAUGGGAAUACAUCACAACCUGAAUUGCAGUUAUUAUUUUCAUUAAAACCAGGUCAAGACCAUCGUAGAUACAAUUUUCAACGAGUAAAUGAAGUUGCUGCAAUAUUUUCAACUAGCGCUGAUGGAGAAAUACCCGAAUCUUACAUAACAAUUAGGAAUAAAAAUACAAAAGUCUUGCAAUAUGUCAGUUCUCUAGAUCCUAAUGUUGAACCGUGGAUUUAUCCUUUAUUUUACCCAUACGGUACACAAGGUUGGCAUGUAAAUAUGUUUCGCACAGAUCAUGAACGUAAAAUUACCCGACUAGAUUAUGCUAGGACCAGAAUGGCAAUCAUAAAUGACGAUUUUAAUCCUAUCAUAAGAGGACGUAGACUGUUUCAACAAUGGGUAGUAGACAGUUACGUAAAAAUUGAAAGAGAUAGGAUUCAAUGGUGUAAUUCUCAUCAAAAACAAUUAAGGGCUGAUACGUAUCAAGGUUUGAAUGAUUACAUGAGUAAUCGUGCAAAUGAUGUUGAUGGGCAAGUAGGUAGAACUAUAAUACUUCCUUCAACAUUUCUUGGUUCCCCUCAAUAUAUGCAACAAUGUUAUCAAGACGCAAUGGCUAUUGUAAAUGAAACUGGGAAACCUGACAUUUUUCUGACUAUGACAUGUAAUCCCAAUUGGCUAGAAAUAACUGAAAAUUUAUUACCAGGACAGCAAGCUGCUGAUAGACCAGAUUUGGUAGCUAGGGUUUUUGAUUUGAAAAAAGAUCAUUUGCUUCAUGUUGUUACAAAAGAAAAUUUUUUCGGAAAAGUAGCAUCUUAUGUUUAUGUUAUUGAAUUUCAAAAAAGAGGAUUGCCACAUAUGCAUUUACUGAUCACACUGGAACAAGGCUACAAAAUUACUACUCCUGACAUAGUUGAUAAAUUCAUCUCAGCCGAAAUACCAAUUGAGGUGAGAAAUCCACGCUUAUUUGAAAUUGUUUUGAGAACUAUGAUUCAUGGUCCAUGUGGUGACUGGUGUAUGAAAGAUGGUAAAUGUUCCAAAAAUUUUCCAAAAGAAUUCCAAGCCACAACUACUAUCGACGAAAAUGGUUAUCCAAGUUACCAAAGAACAGAUACCGGUGAAGAGUAUGAAUGCUCUAAUGGACACAAAACCGAUAAUAGGUGGGUUGUUCCUCAUUGUCCUGAGCUAUUAGAAAUGUUCGACUGUCAUAUCAACGUGGAAAUUGUUUCCAGUAUCAAAGCUGUUAAAUAUUUAUACAAAUAUAUUUAUGAAGGACACGACGCCGCUACAGUGGUGAUCGGAGAAGCUAAAAAUCAGAACACUAUUGAACACAAUGAGUGUCGCAAUUUUAUUGAAACCCGUUACGUUGGUCCUGUGGAAGCAUGCUACAGAAUUUUCAGUAAACCACUACAACAUAAAAGUCAUUCAGUUACAAGAUUACCCAUACAUCUACCUAAUGAACAGGCAGUAAUAAUUACCGAAAAUGAAGAUGAAAUAGCAUUGUUAGCGUGUUUGAACAAUUCAAGUAGCAUAUUACUUGAUUAUUUUACUUUGAAUGCAACUAAUGAUGAAGCAAGACAGUAUUACUACACUGACAUUCCGAAGUAUUUUAGACAUAUAAAGAAGAAAGUUGAUGGGCAAAUGACUUCGUCAUGGGCAGCCAGGAAAAAACAUUCUGAUUGUAUUGGACGCAUGUAUUCAAUAAGCUCUACACAUAUUGAAUUAUUCCAUUUACGACUGUUGUUAUUGCACGUGAAAGGUGCCACAAAUUACAAUGAUUUGAGAACUGUAGAUAAUAUAUUACAUCCUUCUUUCACAGCAGCCUGUCUAGCGUUAGGGAUUAUUGAAGACGACGAGGAAUGGAACAAAGCUAUGAGAGAAGCAGUAAACUGGAUGAUGCCGCGGCGCCUCAGACAUUUAUUCGAAGCAUUUAAAGAUUCCAUGUCAGAGGACUUUUCACGUAACAACGAUUUGAAUACUAGCUAUCAAGAGGCUUAUGCUGAAAUAAAUAACCUUUUAAUUAAAGAAGGAAGAAGUUUAGUUGACUUUCCGACAAUGAAUCAAAAUGUAAUAGUUGAUAUUCUUAAAAAUAAUGAUGAUGAAGAAAACCGCCGAUUGGAAAUUGGCAAUCAACAAUAUCAGAAAUGA